GCGACUUGUUCAGUCUGGACAUCGUUGAGUGCUGUUGUUGCUGCUGCGGUUAAAAACACCGUCGUCUCUCUAAAGAACUUGUAUUAGCUUCUUUUUUUGUGUGUGUGUGUAAACUUCACAAUGGCGAACAAAACGACACCUAUUCUCUUCAAGGCGCUGCUGGACAUGUCUGAAGUCCACUCCUCGAAAGUUGUGCGAGGAAACACUAAAGGAGCAAAUUUCAGACACUUGGGAUCCUGUGGGGCCCUGGCAGUGAGGAGGAGCAGCCUGCCCCUCAGCCCCGCCACCUCCAUCUGCAUCCCCAGCCGCAGCUUCAUCAACCUGGCUCUUCCUAUCAGCACCCGCAGGAUGGAGUACACCGAGUGCCGGACAUUAGGGUAUACUCCAGAGCAGAUGUACAAGGUGGUGGCCAGUGUGGACCAGUACCACCACUUUGUUCCCUGGUGCAAGAAGUCUCAGGUGGUGAAGGGACAAAAUGGUGACGUCCGGGCGGAGCUCGAAAUAGGUUUUCCCCCCAUCGUGGAGCGCUACACCUCUGAGGUCACAGUUGUCCCAAACCAUCAAGUCAGAGCUGUGUGCACUGAUGGAUCCCUAUUCAGCCACCUUGAAACAACAUGGAGGUUUGCCCCUGGAGCCAAAGACCUACCAGACUCAUGCAAAGUGGAUUUCUAUGUGUCAUUUGAGUUCAGGUCCAUUCUGCACUCUCAGCUGGCCAGCGUGUUCUUUGACGAAGUGGUGAAGCAGAUGGUCAGUGCCUUUGAGUCACGGGCGGCAACACUUUACAGGAACCAGCAGGUGUCACUGAGGAGGCGGUCUACAUGAGGCGACCCUACCCUCUAUCCACAUCCACUCGGACCUUUAAACAAACCCUGCCAGCCUGCUGCUCAUACCUACGGUCAACACUUGUUUUACACAGGAGACGGGAUCUUUUCAGAUUCUUUUUGCACUAACUCAUAUCCUAUUAUUGAGUUGACAUGCACAGGAAAUAUACUUAAAACUAUUUAUUUAUAAGCCACAAACUAAUUUAUUUAUUUUCUUGUACUUAUAUAUUUAUUUUACAGUUAGGAAUAAAUGCAUUGUUUUCAAUUAU